AUUUAUUACCUCAGCGAUUUAUCUUUAGUGUGGAAUGUAGCUUGUGCAGACAAUAAGAAUUGUUGAAGACAAUUAAUUGGGCGCAAAAUGUCGGUGGAUUUUAUUAACGUUGUAAACAACUUGUUGAACCCAGACACGAAUUGCAGAUAAAUGCCCAAAAUCCUAUUGGAGAUAUCGGCGGUCUGAUUUUAGCUUUCAUUUUCAUGCACUUGUCAUUUUAUUUGGCUAAUUAUUCUUGCUGCCGAGCGCAGCAACCCCAGCACUGUUGCAAGGCGACAGUUUAGUUCCAGAUAGAUUUGAAAAGCUGCGAAAAAAAACGAUUACCAUGAUGAUGACAUGCAAAUUUUUUAAGAAUUAUCAUAAGCAAACAUUUGAAGCCUAGACUAAUAAAAUCCCAUCUGUGUUACUUCAUAUCGAGUUAGUUCACCGCUCUGAUAAUGAAUUUUGUAAUAUCCCACCGACAGACAUCUCAAUCAGACACUAAUCCUGUGAUUUUACUGCGGAAUCACUAAAUAUCCAACAGGCAAACUGUCGUACUUUGGCACUUGUGGCCGUGUCUGUGCCUAUAGUUUAGAAACCAAGAAACAGAUUAAAUCGUGUGAAAUUGCUCGGAUUUGGGAUGAGAUUGAUUGCAAAAAAUUGACAGCCAAGAACCUUCUAUUCUUGUUGAAAACAAGUAACUGACUGGGUGUUAGUAUGGAUUCCAACUGCCGCAAGCAUUGCGUCGAAUUAUCGUCGCAGUCAGCUGCAGUGGAAUGUUUAUUUACGAAAGAAACAGAAGUACGAAAAACAGAAAUAUGUCCCACAGUGGAAGCUGGAAACAGCAGAAAAGACAGUAAAUUCAUCAGGCACCCCUUCGACUCAAAUGAAAAAGAUAAAAUUCAACAAAGCAAAAACGAUGACACGAAUACAGACGACCCAUCAAAGAAAAAGAGACAAAGGCGCCAGAGGACGCAUUUCACCAGUCAACAGCUACAAGAACUGGAAGCAACUUUUCAAAGAAAUCGCUACCCAGAUAUGUCCACGAGGGAAGAGAUUGCAGUUUGGACCAAUUUAACUGAAGCUAGAGUUCGGGUCUGGUUUAAAAACCGCAGGGCGAAGUGGAGGAAACGGGAACGCAACCAGCAAGCGGAGCUGUGCAAAACUGGCUUUGGACCUCAGUUCAAUGGACUGAUGCAACCGUACGACGACAUGUACCCCGGCUACUCCUACAACAACUGGGCUGCCAAGGGCUUGACAUCGGCAUCGCUCUCCACGAAGAGCUUCCCUUUCUUUAAUUCCAUGAACGUGAAUCCUUUGUCCUCCCAGACUAUGUUCUCCUCUCCCAAUUCCAUUUCAUCCAUGAGCAUGUCAUCCAGCAUGGUGCCCUCUGCAGUGACCGGGGUACCAGGCUCCGGUCUCAACAGUCUCAAUAACUUGAACAACCUAAGCAACCCAUCUCUGAACUCCGCCGUACCAGCAGCGACAUGCCCUUACGCUCCGCCGACCCCACCGUACGUCUACCGGGACACUUGUAACUCAAGCUUGGCGAGCCUUAGACUCAAAGCCAAGCAACAUUCAAGUUUUGGAUACGCCAGUGUUCAGAACCCAGCGUCUAACUUGAGCGCCUGCCAAUAUGCUGUGGACAGGCCUGUGUGAGAAAUAAGAGGAGCCUUUUCAGACUGAUGAACUCCAAGAAAUAAUUUAAAAUAUAAUGGGCACUAUGACAACCACUGAACCUGUGUAGCUAAACUCCACAGAAGCGAAGGCGCAAGCGUUACCCCCACCCCCCCCCCCUCUUCCCCAUUCCCCUCCCUUAAGACCCCGUUUGAACAUACUUUCCAUCAGAUAAAGAAAACGUUUGACCAUUAAAAGAAAUACUCUGAUUAGUUGACUGGAUAUCACCUUUAUUAAUACCAUAUAAGCUUGUUAUUUUUAAGUUCGGCAUUGUGAUAAUUAAAAGAAAAAUGUUUGGCGGAAAGAAUGUGUAUAUAUCGAAAUGUCAAAUUAAUUUUAUAAAAAGCAAUUGUUAGUACUAUCACGCCAGUGUUUUUUGAAGUUACAUAACAAUAAAGCAUGUCACGUGGAAACUUGAAGGAUUAUUUCCGUUUAAGAGCAAGGGAAUGUAUAUACUAACGGCAAACACUUGUAUGUUUCUAACACUGUCUAUUAUUACUAAUUAUGAUUAUUAAAGUCUGUGUGGAUAUCAGUUUUAAGACUAGUACCUCCGGUUGUAAGAUUCAGUGCUGUUCCGGGGAGAGAAAAAAAAAUCAUGUACAAGCUAUCCUGUAUAUAAAAUUGGCUAUGGUAUUAAGUGUUUCUUUUCCAAGUAAAAAAGACGAAGCAUUGUGCGUUACAGGGACGAAAAAAUAUACAGUAAAACCAUUUUGUCUAAUGGGAUCGUUUUUGUAUUGAAAUGCGUUGUGAAUAUUAAUAUAACUUCGGAAAAAAUAUAUACGGAACAUAAAACAAAAGCUGUUUCUACCCACCUCGGAUUUCAUACAUUCAUAGCAUGAAAACGCCUACGUUUUUCGCUUCCUCCAAUAGACCAUGCACCGUAUAGCCAUCACUGGGAUAUUCGUGUGCUUUUAAAAUUGAUUGCGGUGUGAACUCGGCUUUCAGGGGACCUGCAUUCUGUUUAGGCAAACAAAACGGUCGAGGAAACAAUCUUUCCUGAUCAAACUUCUGGCGGGAAGUAUUCUCACGUUAUGCUUACCUUAUUAAGCAAAUGAAAUCAAUCAAUACCUAUCGACAUAUGGUUGAUAUGAAAUAAUAGGUAAAUUAGAUUAUCUGUGUGGUUGUGGUCAGAUAACCCCAAAGGUAUACGUUCAUAAUUUCAGGAUGCGUAUAGAUCACAACGCCUUUUAAAAGACAAUUGUAGGUGAAAGGGUAUUUUCCAGGAUCACGGGUUCAAAGGCCAUAUUACAUUUUUCGAUGACUUUAUUAGGCCUAUGUUACCUUAUUAAAGGUCAGACGCUUUGUGUUUGGUUAUUAAUAAUGUUGAUCCAGCAUUCUCCUGUGUGAUGCCUGUUUGCACAUUAAAUCAUACCGGAUUAUGUCGUGUAGGGUCCAUAAUGAGAGUGCAAAUGAAGAUAAAUUAUACAGUAGGAGAGCAGUCACAUGAUAUGCUUGGAAUGACGAGGGGCAGCAUACCAAGCAAAAAAUAAAAGAUAUGGUUCUUUUAAAUAAAGCACGAAUUUCCAGAACACGAGUGGAAGCGCUUCCAGUUAAUUUCUUAACACCAGGUAGGAAAACAUAAAACUUUAUGAAAAUGUUUCAAAGUUUCCAUCAAAACAGUUCUCACACGGGCGAUAUAAAAUUUAUGACACCGAUUAUAACCAAACUUGAUUUUAACAAUUGGUGAACGUUUUGAUGUUAACUCUUAAUAUUGAGAGCAGCUAGCAGACUAGUUCAAAAUAGCUUCCAAUUUACAUUACAUAUGGUCCUCACUUAAAUCCGUUCAAAAUCCAGAGGAAGACAAUAAAAAUAUCAAUGUGUGCUUAGUUAUGAGCCAUUUUCAGUACUAAACUCAAGGUACUAACCAAAUUCCUGCUUGAUUACGGAUCUAGUCCAGCCUCGUUCGUUUAAUAAGCGUGUGUGUAUAAAACUCGGCAAGCAGACUAAAAUGGCAGUUCAACGCAAGCUGCGAAGCACUGUGCUCCAAAUCUAAAUGCUCAAACACUUUAAGGGACGUUUAAUGAGAGAAAAACGAGCAAACCGGGCAAUAUUCACCCUCCUCUUGGAUUAAUCGAUUGUUUUAUUUUUUUUAAUGCAACGAAAUGGAUUAGAUAAAAGUUUGGAAAAACAGGCGAGGAAAGUUUAGAAUAUAGUUUCUAUUUUUGGCGCCACGUUGCCCAGGCAUUUUACGUCGCUCAGCGAAACGCGUACGCUGGAAGUCGAGUAGAGAUCGUUGCGGGACUUUGGACUGUUUAAGGCUUUCGUUUGAAUCUUCGGUCGUAUAUUUUGCUUUCCUCUCGUCUACACUGGACCUGGAAUAGAUUUCAAAGAGCAAGAAGGCAGAGAUUACGGUACCGUGGUGUUUCACUUUUUCCUUCCCGCUGGCGUCCAUACAUUUGAUCAAACACGCAGCCUGAUAUUUUCUCUCCCCUGCUCCUCGGAGCACCUCACUUGCAAUGUGGAAUAGCCCUGAAAUGAGGUCUCUCUGGUGGUGGUGGCAGAGGGACCAGUUGGGAAAGCCACUUUCCAGUGAAGUGUCUCAGUGGGGAGCGAACAAUGGUGUCUGGCUUUGCGGGACCCAAUCCACAUCCGAAUCCACAUCGAGCCCAUCUGCGUCUCCAGUCCCGUCUAAUUUAGCACGCUGCUGUCGACCCGCCGUUUGCAGCGCUGAGCAAACACAAUUGAGAAGAGCUUAACACAAGUAAGUGUCUUCAGUAUAGGUUACUUAUAUGAAAAGUAUUCGGACUGAAAGCUUUGAUUAGUUGAAAAUAAUGAGAUACAAAAAGCUGGAGUAACUCAGCGGGUCAGACAGCAUCUGAGAUGCUCCAGUUACUCCAGCUUGUUGUAUCUAUCUAUGGUUUAAACCAGCAUCUGCAGCUCUUUCCUACACGGUUUAAAAUAAGGUUGGAUAACACCAUUCGGUUUUUAAUCAGCGCCGUGUUCUCGAUAGUGGAUUUAAAUCUAUCUUUACGGGAAGGACUAUUUGCAAGUCUUCUACCUGUAGGUAAGACAUGAGAGUUUUUGCAGCGUGUAUGUACUACACCAUGUAGUGGGUGCAGCCAGGACCCGAUUCGUUGCGUUUGUGUUUGUUGAUUAUUAUGUUGCUGCAAUUGGUUUCUAUAAAUAGCAGAAAACCACCACGGUGCGGAAACCCGGUUGCUCUGCCAAUGUUGCAUUUUCCUGGAAGAGUUGAACAUUACAAAGGGUACGCGUUGUAUUUACGGACAUUUUAUGUAAGCUUUCAGCAAUGGCCAGAUGACCGAUCGAGUAAGUAUCGCCACCUCACUCACUAUAGGAUAACCUUUAAUUGUACAGAUAAAAGGAACAAAGGGAUUCUUUGAAAUUAUUUAUAAUUGUUCUUCGAGCGAGCUCAACAUAGUUCUGGUACACAUUACAUCAACUGUUCAACAAAUAUCCAUGGGUGGGUUAGAAUCCCGCUGGAGAAGUUAUGUUUUAAUCUAUUUUUAGGAGGAAAGAAUUAGUCCAAAUGCGGGGAACACGGUUAGCACGAAGGUCAACUUUGUUCUUGCGCAAAGGAAAGCCUGUGACCUCUGGAGACAUUUGCUGGUGGGAUCUAAUUAGGAAAAUUUGAUUCAGGAUAUUACACUUGGGCUGCUCACGUAUCAAUUUUGAUUUCUCUCACUUCAGGUAGCCCCGGCAUUCACUUUCAUUCUUAUCCCUCCCCCACCCAAGUCGCGUUAGCUUCUCGUUUUCAACCCAAAAACAUUGUUACUUUUUUUGCAUAUCUUUUAUUCAUUAUCUCUCUACAUCAUCGUCUAUAUCUCUCGUUUCCCUUGUCCCUAACCAGUCUGAAGAAGGGUCUCGACCCGAAACGUCACCGAUUCCUUCUCUCCAGGGAUGCUGCCUGUCCCGCUGAGUUACUCCUGAUUUGUGUGUCUAUCUUCGGUUUAAACUAGCAUCUGCAGUUCCUUCCUACACGUUUAAUUUCUUGAUAUUCUUCCUGUAAAUCGAGCAAGUGGGAAUGUAUCCGCCAGUCGCGUUGGUUGUGGCUUUUUCCCGUUAAGUUGUCGGCAAUAUCCUGCGGAGAGAGAAGUCGCAACUUACAGAGUUUUCUCAGGUAACUUGGUGAAGCCAGCGGAAUAGGCUCGCAGGGUUUGCCACUCUGGGAGGAUUGAACAAAUACUGAGCAGUAUUGGGUGAAGGAGCCACAGAGACAACACAUGCAGCUGUUUUGGCUGGAACCUCGCAUCAGUGUCUUUUAUAUUACAUUUCACGGAAGCGUUGCUGGCGUGUGUCAGAACAACGAAGACUCGACGUUUGCAUGUCUUGUUUAUUGACUGCUUGUCUCGUAAUUUAAAGGGUUGGGUUAAAAGGCUACGGUUGUUAAUUAACACUGACCCGAGUCAGAGCAAUCUCCCGAGGUUCCCUAACUACACAAAGCAAGAGCUAACUCUUCAACAACAAGCCCACUUAGUGAGCAAUUUAACCCUUAUUUUGUGCAGAGAAGAAGUUCAGGUGCCAAUUUGCACCGAAGAUCGACACAAAGCUAAAAUAACUCAGCGGGACGCGGGACAGGCAGCGCCUCUGGAGAAAAGCAAUAGAUGACGUUUCGGGUGGAGACCGUUCUUCAGACCAUAUUUUGGUUUGCACAAGCAUAUGUUUACUUGGUGUUUGCAGAAAUAAGCAGAUAACAUUCCUUGUGUUGUGUUUCCUUUGUUAACACAUCUGUGUGUUUAGAUUGCAGGCAAGCCGCCCAGCGCGGUGCGUAGAUCCAAUGUUUCGGAGAUAUAGUAAUUAUUGAAUGGUGUGACUCAAAAUAGUACUUGUCCGGUUUACAUUAAUGACACAUGAACAUAAAUAUUUACAAUCCUAA